GAGAGGGAGAGAGAGCGGGAGAGGGUUGAGAGAGAGAGGGAAAGAGAGAGGGUAGAGAGGGAUGGAGAGCGGGAGAGGGUUGAGAUAGAGAGGGAAAGAGAGAGGGUGGAGAGAGAGACACAAGGAGGUUUUGUGAGUCUGGAUGUAUGCAGUAACUUGGUGGGACUGGGGGGGAAUGACAGUGGUACCGGGAUGACUCCCCACCAACACAGAGAAACUGGAGAGAACAAAACCGACAAUCACAACAACCCUCCAACCCACAACCCACCCAAAAUCCUGCCUGUCUCUGGCAAACUAGAGCAGAAGAACUCGGGGCUGGUUCGUCCCUCUGCAUUCAAACCAGUGGUUCCCAAGAGCUUUCAUUCCAUGCAGAACCUCCUUGACCCAACCAGUGGGGGUGGAUGUGAGGGUAGGGGUGCGGGGGGGCAGAGAGAAGAAGGAGCAGGGGGAGGAGAACUAGUGGCAGUUCCAGAGGCCCUCCUCCUAGACCAGGACAGCCCAGGGAUGGGCAGAUGCCUGGCAGAGAGAGCAGGAGGGGGUAAGAGUAACAGAGGGGUCCAUGGAGGGAUGUCAGCUUCGGGGAGGAACUCUCUAACCAGCCUGCCCACAUAUGCAGGCUCUGGUUUGUGCUAUGGGCCUCAAGAGGCCCUGGGGUCUCUCAGUGCUUCUACCAGCAAUAUCAACAGACUAGGGACCACAGCUGGAGCUGCAGUGGCUCUGGAAAAGCUGGAGCAACCAGGCUACCAGCAGCUGAACCACCUGGGCGACACCCCAGCACCCCAACGUCCCACUCCUUCCUCUGAUGAUGUCAUCCAAGACCUGGAGAACCGGCUCUGGGAGAAGGAGCAAGAGGUGCAACACAUGUGUCGUAACUUGGAGCAGAGCGAGGCCGCCAUCGUCCAGGUGUUUGAGGAGAAGCAGCGUGUGUGGGAGAGACAGAUGGAUGAGCUGGGGCAGAACUACGCCUCUCGUCUGCAGCAGGUGACCACACAUUCCACAGCAGCGGUAACCAAUAACAGUCUACCAAAUGUUGAUACUCUCUUCCUCUGUGUGCAGGUGACCCGUCGCGCCCAGCGCUCCCAGAAUGCCCUGCAGGCCCAGAUCACCCGUCUGUCGCAGGACAAGCGACGUCUGCAGGAGGAGAUGGCUGCCCUGCUGGCCCAGAGAGAGGAUCUGGAGAGGAAGUGUCUGCACUUCAGGAUGGAACAGACUGACAUACUGCCACGCCUGGAUGAGACCAAGUGGGAGGUGUGUCAGAAGGCAGGGGAGAUCUCCCUGCUGAAGCAGCAGCUAAGGGAGAGCCAGGUGGAGCUGACCCAGCGGGCGGCGGAGAUGGUGGCCCUCAGGGGCCAGCUGAAGGAGGCCAAUUCCCAGCUUAGGGACCGGGAGGAGGCCAUGCUGGGCCUCAAGAACUCAUAUAGUUCCAAGAGCCUGGAGCUGGAGAGCUGCCAAGGAGAGCUGAGGAGGACGCUGACCGAGGUGUCUAUCCUGAGGGAGAAGCUGGGUGUGUUUGAGGCUGAGGUGCUGGGUCUUCAACAAGCUCUGUGGGAGAUGGGCGGAGGGGUUGAUCCUGCCAUAACCCAAACCCUAGGAGCUGUGGGGCUACUCCCACCCUGGGGGGCUCUCUACUGCCCCCGCACUCCCCCAGAGCCCUCGUCCACCCCUCUCACCCCCACCUCAGAUUCCCUGCUCAGCCUCCAGAGUGACGAGGCAAAAGCCCAGAGGCAAGAGGUGCAGAGAAAAGAGAGGCAGCAGCGUGAAGAGGCCCAGUGGCAUGACAUGCAACAGCGCCAGGAGGCCCACCAGCGCCUGAAAGCCCAUCUAUAUCAGGAGGCUCAUCUCCACCAGGAAGCCCAACUGCGCAAGGAAGCUCGACUUCAUCAGGGGGCCCACUUGUGUCAGGAGGCCCACUUCCACCAGGAGGCCCAGCAUAAGUGCCAAGAGACCCAGGUGGAAUCAGGGAACCUGCGUGAGCAGCUGGAUCAGCUCCAGGGGACUUUACGUCUAGAACGUCAACAGAGAGAGUGCCAGGCCCUUAGUUUCGACCAGGAACGAGACAGCUGGAUUGACGAGAAGGAGCAUGUGCUGAAAUACCAGGCACAGCUUCAGGUCAGCUAUGUGGAGACUCUACAGAAGAACCAGGCUCUGGAGCAACAGGUGGGACAGCUGGGGUCCAAACCCACCCCCACCUCCUCAUCCUCCAGCUCCCCUCCCCCACCACCGGCCCUGUCAAUUUUCCCUCCCAUGCACUCAGUCCCUCUCCCUGCUCCCCUUGCCCUAACCCCCUCCCCACCGCCUUGUGAGGACAUGAAAGGUUCCCCUUCCCUCCUCCAACUGCCCACCCCCUGGGCCGGACCCUCACGUCUAGAGAGGAUAGAGUCCACUGAGAUUUAGAGAGGCUCCAUUUUAUUUAAUAUCAACUUGAUUACAAACUACACAAUUGGAUAGGCUGCAAGACAGAUUAAACUACAACGCAGAACUGCACAAUAUAUAGUGAAAACAACCAAUGCAAACUGAACAGCAGAGAACCAUACAAUUGAGUUUAGACUAUGAACACAAACUAUAAAGAGCAUAGAACUACAAAAAAAACAUAAACUGAACUGCUACACUGUAGAAUGCAAUACAAACUGUCAUUGACAUGGUUUAGGUUAAAUAUUGAAAUUCUUUGCCUUUAAUGUAAAGUAUCCAGGCAGUCUUGGUGGGAAGCAGUGACACUUAAAGGGAAGCAAGGAUGGCACCAAAAGUUGCAAGACAAUAACAUUGUAGCUUGAUAACGUUAUUCCUCUGGAAGGUUUAGUGCCAACCUGGAGGGUAGUUUGCCAAAUCGCAUGUCUAUGGUAAUGAGACAUUAGGUCAGGAGAUAAGAAAAUCAUAUUUUAAGAAGAUUUUAGAUGAUAAUCAAGAGUGAUGUUUUGGAGAAUGUGUUUGUCUUUGGCAUUUCUGGGGUGAUGAUACUCAGGUGUGUGAGGGGAUGUUUUGGAGAAUGUGCUUGUCUUUGGCAUUUCUGGGGUGAUGAUACUCAGGUGUGUGAGGGGAUGUUUUGGAGAAUGUGCUUGUCUUUGGCAUUUCUGGGGUGAUGAUACUCAGGUGUGUGAGGGGAUGUUUUGGAGAAUGUGCUUGUCUUUGGCAUUUCUGGGGUGAUGAUACUCAGGUGUGUGAGGGGAUGUUUUUGGAGACAGUGGUUAAAAUUGGGGAUGAAGACUCACAAGUAUUUUUUAAUAUGAGGAAAUUAGGAAAAUAAUGGUAAAGUUGAUUGGUAGUUGGUUGGUUCCGUUUCAGAAAAUAUCCUCAAAUGGCUUGAGAUUAAAUGUAAUUGACUUUGAAUGGUUCUUAGUGUGGGGUAAUUGGAGAGCCUGGCUCUCUGACACUGCAAACCGUCUGCGGUACCUAAAGAUGAACACAAGGGGUCAGCAUUAAGUUGUGUCAGGGCUAGAGCCCAACUGAUUAUAUAGGUUCACUGAUAUUAUCUGCCAAUAGUGGCCUUUUAACACUAUAUUGGUAUUGUCCGAUAACUCCAACGAUAACCGAUAUUCAAGAAAUAGUGUGAAAGAAAAGGGAAUCUAAUGCAUAUCUGUUCACUUGCAGCCAUUCUCAUGGUGUGUCAUUAUUGUCACAAUGUAUGAAAUCAACAUUUAGGAGAAUUCAGUGUGGAAAAAUUACACUUUUUCAUAUUGUAUCGGCAUGUUUUGCAGCCCCCAAGCUCUUGUCAGGGCUCCCCACCAUCAGAGAAAAUGACUUGAAAAUGACUUUAUCCCAUGGUCUGGGAAAGAGACAUGGCAGCACGCUGGCUUUACUCUGAUAUUGUUGUUAUUUAUACUUUCAGAUAAUGCUUUUAUGACCAAAAGUGGGAUGAGAAAGUGACAAUAGUGAGCAGAAAGAGAAAAGACAGAGGUCAAACUGCCUUCACAUGUAAAGAUAGACGAGUGAGAGGACUGUGUCCAGGCCUUUUAAAUCAGCAAGGCUGGGUGCACAUUUUUCAAAGUGGGAUUCAGCUCAUAGAGUUAGAGAGCCAGACAAAGAAAGACAUUGCCUUCCCUAGAUAUGGUUCAGAUUUACUGCACUAUGUCCUGCUGAGGAGGUCAGACAGAAUGUGGACAUGUUUAUUCCAGUAUACCAAGAUAGUAAGACACUACCUGUGAAUUUUUUAAAAGAUAAUUGUGACUAUUAUCAUCGUUAUUAUUCUUGUGAAUCGGCAGAGUGUUACAAGCUUUUCUUUAAUGUUUUUUUUACUGUAUAUAUGAAUGCUAUAUGACUCUACUACAUGGUACAACCACAUCAACCAUCUCCAAAGCCAUUGUUUGUUGACUUUUAAUGUUGUUGAUAUCAGUGUAAUUAAUAUAUUGUUUUAGAGAGCGAAUUGUUAUUUACAUUUUUUAUAUUUAUGUUACUGUAAUGGCUUGACAAAAGUCUUUCCUGGCUAAAUCAAACUGAAUCAAUAAAGAUGCAAGUAAAUCAACA